AUGAAAAAAAUUGAUAAUUAUAAAUAUGACAAUAAAGACUAUUUAGGCAAAGGGUCUUUUGGGAAAGUAUAUAAAGGGAUUAUGAUAGAUAGAAAUAAAGAAGUUGCAAUAAAAAGUAUAAAUAUUUGAUAAUAUAGUAAUGAAUAUGUCAUAGUUUCAAGACAAAUCUAUGCUUAUAUCUUUAGAAACUGAAAUAACAGUAAUGAAAUAAUUUAGACAUGAACAUAUUGUAGAAUUAAUAGAUGUUUUCGGUGAUGACAAAUACACAUAUAUGAUAAUAGAAUUAUGUGAUGGAGAUUUGAGAAAAUAUAUUAAAUAGAAAGGAGGAGUUCUUUAAGAAGCAGAAGCAUUGGGAGUUUUAAGAUAAUUUAUGUCUGGAUGUUAGGAAAUGAUAAAAAAAGGUUAUAUACAUAGAGAUAUAAAACCAGAGAAUGUUCUUUAUAAAGAUAAUUGUUUUAAGAUAGCAGAUUUUGGAUUUGCAACAAAAGCUGAUACUAGCAGCAAUGUUAAGAUUUUUAGAUAAUCUGUAGGAACACCUUUAUAUAUGGCUCCAUAACUUUUAGAGAGACAUUCUUAUACAGCUAAAAGCGAUAUAUGGUCAAUUGGAAUUAUGGCAUAUGAAAUGGUUUAUGGUAAAUAACCUUGGCCAUGUAGAGAUAUUCCUUCAUAUGCGUUAAAUAUCAAAAUAUAACCAUUAAAAUUUCCUGUUGAUAUUAGAGUCUCCGAUGAAUAUUAAGAUUUCAUUAAAUAAUGUCUAAAAAAAGAAGAAAAAGAUAGAAUAUCAUGGGAAAAUCUUUUUAAUCAUGUAAUUCUAAAUUAAAUUGAAAGAAAUUAUGUAAUUAAAAUAAAUUCAUUAUUAGAAUUUAGAAAAUCGUCUAGAUUAAGAAUGUUAAAGAAUAUUAGCUUAAAUUUAAAAAAUAGUAUAAAAUAAAGGUUUAGAUGUUUUUGAUUAAUUUUAAAAAUAUGAUUAAGAUUCAGGGGGAUCAUUAGAUUUUUAAGAAUUCUUCUCAUUUUUAAUUUAAUUAGAUCCAAGAUUAACAGGAAAGGAAAUUAAAUUGUUAUUUGAUAAAAUGGAUAUAAAUUAAGAUAAAUCAAUAGGAUAUGAAGAAUUUAAAAGAUUCUUUUUUGAUUAUGAUUAUGUAAAGGAAGAUUUUGCUGAAAGAAUUAUUAUAGAUUUAAGAGAAAUAAUUAGAGCAAAUAAAUUAAAAGUUGAAGAAAUAUUUUAAAAAUAUGAUAAAGAUUAAAUGGGUGAUUUAGAUUUUGAAGAAUUUAGUUUAAUGAUUAAAGAAAUAGCAAAAGAUAUAAAAGAAGAAGAUAUUCAAGCAGUAUAAUAUUAUUUAAUAAUAAUAGAUUUUUGAUAAAUUUGAUACUAAUAAUGAUCGUAAUAUAAAUAUAGAUGAAUUUAAAGAUAAAUUGAUUGUAAAAAAUGAUUAUUAGAAAAAUAAAAUAAAAGAUGACUUAAUUUAAGUAAGAUUAAAUAAUAAAAUAGAAUUUUAUAAAAGAAUUAAGAAGAAUAGUAUUUGAAAAUAAAGUUGAAGUCGAGUUAAUUUUUAAGAACUUCGCAAAAAGUAUGAGAGAAGAGAUGAAUUAAAUAGAAUUUUCAAAAUUAUGUUCAGUUAUUGAUAGAAGAUUGAAACCUUAUGAGAGAGAAUAAAUAUUUAAAUAUCUGAACUUAAAUGAUCGUGAUGGAAUUACAUUUGAUGAGUUUUCUCAAAUUUUUAAGUGA